UUGCUGCUUCUCAAAGCGCACGUCAGCUGUGAGUUGGUCUGCAGGGAGUUGCCGAAGUACACCAUGAGUUCAGAAGCUGAUGAAUCCAAGGAAGUGGCCACAGAUGUCUUCAAUUCGAAAAGUUUGGCCAUUCAGGCCCAGAAGAAGAUCCUUGGAAAAAUGGUGUCCAAAUCAAUAGCAACUACUUUGAUAGAUGACACCAGCAGUGAUGUUUUGGAUGAGCUCUACCGAGUGACAAAGGAAUACACACAAAAUAAAAAGGAAGCGGAGAAGAUCAUUAAAAACCUAAUUAAAAUAGUUCUCAAGUUGGCAAUUCUCUACAGGAACAACCAAUUUAAUCAGGAGGAAAUAGCCUUGAUGGAGAAAUUCAAGAAGAAAGUUCAUCAGCUGGCUAAGACUGUGGUCAGCUUCCAUCAAGUGGAUUAUACUUUUGACAGGAAUUUUUUGUCCAAACUGUUAAAUGAUUGCAGAGAGCUACUUCAUCAAAUCAUUCAGCGUCACCUAACUGCAAAAUCACAUGGACGUGUCAACAAUGUGUUUGAUCAUUUCUCUGAUUGUGAAUUUUUGGCUGCCUUGUAUAAUCCCUUUGGACCUUAUAAACUCCACUUGCAGAAACUUUGUGAUGGUGUCAACAAAAUGCUGGAUGAGGGGAACAUAUAAGUACUUGGAUUAAAGAUGACUGCCCAUAUAUUAUUUGUAGAUGGAACACUGCUGAUUUAUGAAGGAAUAAGGGAGCAAGCAAAAGUGUUUUGGUUUUUUUUUAAGAUGUAUAUUUCAAAAAGAUCUUUAUAAAACGAUUCCUUAUCAUCAGCUAUCUAUUGCUAUUCACAAUCCAUCUGGAAGA